AUGAGACAACGCGCUUCUUUGGACAUUAUCGCCGAUGACCGGGGCGUACCUGCAGUUCGGGACGAUGCCAGCGUCAGCGCUGACGCCGAUGUCGACGCCGACGUCGACGUCGACACGGCCGUCCAGGUUCAGGAGGAUUCGCGAUCGACGUCCUCGACGAGCUCUCCUGCCCCUCCCGACAACGAAGAGUCCGACUUCUUUCUCGGCGCCAACGACUCGCAGUCCUCGCUUGGCGUACCCAACCUCCAAGACAUGCAAGUCAGCGACGACGAGUGCCUGCCUCCAGUCAAUCGCCUGCCUAACGAAAUCCUGAUCGCCGUGUUCGCCAAGCUCAACGCCUCUUCGGAUAUCCUACAUGUGAUGCUGACCUGCAAGCGGUGGGCUCGAAAUGCGGUGGAUAUCCUAUGGCACCGCCCAGCCUGCACAACAUGGGACAAGCACGCCUCCAUCUGCCAGACCCUUGGCGUGGAGAGCCCCUACUUCUCCUACCGCGACUUCAUCAAGCGGCUCAACCUGGCAUCUCUGGCCGAGAAUGUCAACGACGGGAGCGUGAUGCCUCUUGCCGUUUGCACUCGCGUCGAGCGCCUGACUUUGACUGGGUGCAGAGGCCUCACCGAUUCUGGUUUAAUAGCCCUUGUGCAGAACAACACCCACCUUCUCGCUCUUGACAUGUCGCUUGACGAGCAAAUCACAGAAGCUUCUAUCAAUGCGAUCGCCGAAAAUUGCAGGAGGCUACAGGGUCUGAACGUCUCGGGCUGCAACAGAGUUUCCAACGAGAGCAUGAUUAGGCUUGCCAGGAGUUGCAGGUUCAUCAAGAGGCUCAAGCUGAACGACUGCAGUCAACUUUACGAUAACUCCGUCAUGGCCUUUGCCGAGCAUUGCCCCAACCUUCUCGAGAUUGAUCUUCACCAAUGCCGGCUCGUGGGAAAUGAACCAAUUACAGCACUCGUGUCCAAGGGACAAUCCCUUCGCGAACUUCGUCUCGCGAACUGCGAACUGAUUGACGAUUCGGCUUUCCUCAUGCUUCCGAUGAACAAGACUUAUGAACAUCUCCGCAUUCUUGAUCUCACUUCCUGCGCGAGGUUGACAGAUCGGGCGGUUGAGAAGAUCAUCGAUGUCGCCCCACGGUUGCGCAACCUCGUAUUGGCCAAGUGCCGCAACAUUACAGACACCGCUGUCUACGCGAUCGCUAAGCUUGGCAAGAACCUCCAUUACGUCCACCUCGGACAUUGUGGGAACAUUACGGACGAUGCAGUGAAGCGCCUUGUUCAAUCGUGCAACAGAAUUCGGUAUAUUGACCUAGGUUGCUGCCUCCAUUUGACCGAUGAGUCUGUCACCCGACUUGCGACUCUGCCGAAGCUGAAGAGGAUCGGGCUGGUGAAGUGCGCCAGUAUCACCGACGAAAGCGUGUAUGCUCUUGCCAAGGCGAACCAACGCGCCCGGCCUCGCAGAGAUGCCGACGGCAAUAUUAUUCCUGGGGAGCACUACAGCAGCAGCCAUAGUAGUCUUGAGCGAGUUCACCUUAGCUACUGCACGAACCUGACUCUCCGGAGCAUCCUGCGGCUUCUCAACUCCUGCCCUCGUCUUACCCAUCUCAGCUUGACAGGAGUCCAGGCAUUCUUGAGGGACGAUCUUGAAGCAUUUUGCCGCGAUGCUCCACCUGAGUUUACGGACCACCAGCGACAGGUUUUCUGUGUCUUUUCGGGUCUAGGUGUUGUCAACCUUCGCAAAUACCUGAACCAGGAGCGAUCAUUCGCAGAACUUCAUGCUCCACUGCCUGGCGAGCCGGCCGGCCAUCCCCGAAACCAUCAAAACUUCGCCGGCGCAGUCAAUCCGCCUCCUGUUCCUCCCCAUCUUCAUAACGUGGACAAUGGGUUUGAUGACGGAGAAGUCGAUGGUGUGGAUGACGAUGAUGGCCUUGAGGAUGGAAGCGAGAUGGUAAUAGACACACAACCUUUGCUUAACCCUCACACCGCUGGCCUUGGUAUCCCACCAGGCGCCCCAAGAGCCAUUCCGAUACCGCCGCCAAUACCUACCCUGCCAUCGCAGAUUCAACCUUCAAUCAGCAACCCAUUUGGUUAUGUCGGCGGCCAUCCACCUUAUGUGCCGCAGCCGGUUCGAUUCCAGGAUGAACCAACUGCCUUUAUCCAUGCCUUUUCCCAGGCUCUCUCUCCGGGGCAAGAUAGCAUGAAUGGGGACCCUCGGGGUAGCGACAUUGGCACCAGUCUGGCUGGUAUCGGGACUCCCAUCGCCAGUACCGCGGCUACGGCGGGUCUGAGCAGCCCAAGUUCUCGGGCGCAUCCGGCUGGGAGUCGGCACGCUUCCAGUGCUGGGCACAAUUUAGGCAUCGGCGCCAGCUUUGCUCCUAUCCAUGGACGGUCGACUGCGACAAUGGCAGAUAUUUCGACUACGCUGGGCGACGAAGAUGACUAUGGGGAUCGCCUCAAUGGGACCCCAAGCCCCCAUUCCGGAAGCCCGUGA